AUGUCCAGUGUGUUCGAGGACAAGUACAGCCUACCGACAACAGAAUACCUUUUGUCCAAGUCUUCCCUCCUGGAUGAUUUGAAUGAGAUGAGAGAAGCACUCCUGAAAGAAAUGGUGAGGGGGGGUCGGAGGCGGGGUUGGAGGUGCUACUGCGACUUGGGGAGAUGAUGACUCGAACGAUGGAGCGAGUGCACCGCCUGCCAAGAAAAUGAAUUUAUGGGAUCUUCUCCAGAAGUGAAGGGCACAAACCCCUGCCCCUGUACCCCUUCAGAGUCCAUGCAGACACCGAACUGACUCGCUACCUGCAGGAACAGCUUGACCAUGAACACCUGAUACAUUGAUGUCGAAGCUGGCACGCAGAUACAUGUGUAUUUGUGCCACGAGCACCGCAUCAGAGCACCCCUGUCCGCUCGUGCCUCAAGCCAGACAAAGUCAAUAUGCUCAUGUUCCUGGCACGGAACCUGGAGCUGGAGAUAGAAGAUGAUGCGUAGUUUGCAUUUUACCAGCCGUCGCCGUUUGCUAUAAAAUAGUUAAUUAUUUUUGUUUUAUUAUAGGCCUUAUAGAUCCACUGUUAAUAUUUGCUCUGACCUAUUUAUGUUUCUGCUGUUAGUGGUAAUUUAUUGUAGAAGCACUAGCCUUCAAAAUCAUUUUCUGUGUGGACUUUUUUUAUUGCUUUAUGUUAAAUAAAUAAAUGUCUCUUCUUAAAAAAGAUUGUGUCAGACAAUUCAUUAAUUAUUCAACAGAAAGAGUCACAUAGGCUUCGUGUCCAUAAAGCUAGUAAGUUUAAUUAAAUUGCAACAAUUAUUACGCCUAAUUAGCCUACUCCUGUCUGUACAGAAAUAUAUAAAAUCAUUUAAAAUAGGGUACUCCACCAGAAAGCAUUAUUUGGAGGAUCCUUAGCUUCUUAAAAAAGCUGUGUAUUGUUUUAAAUCAACUUGAAGCUCUUGAUCCGCUCCAUCUGUGGAUGGGGGCGUGGUCGCCCCUCCGUUUCCUGUAGUCCACGAUCAGCUCCUUUGUCUUGCUGACGUUGAGGGAUAAAUUGUUGUCCUGGCACACCGUCAGGUCUCUGACCUCCUACCUAUAGGCUGCCUCAUUGUCAUCGGUGAUCAGUCCUACCACCGUUGUGUCGUCAGCAAACUUGAUGAUGGUGUUGGAGUCGUGCGCGGCCACAAAGUCGUGGGUGAACAGGGAGUAGAGGAGGGGGCUAAGCACACACCCCUGAGGGGCCCCCGUGUUGAUGGUCAGCGUGUCGAGGAUUCAGUUGCAGAGGGAGGUGUUCAGUCCCAGGGAUCUGAGCUUGGUGAUGAGUUUGGAGGGGACUAUGGUGUUGAAUGCUGAGCUGUAGUCAAUGAACAGCAUUAUUAUAUAGGUAUUCCUUUUGUCCAGGUGUGAGAGGGCAGCGUGGAGUGAAAUAGAGAUUGCAUCAUCUGUGGAUCUGUUGGGGCGGUAUGCGAAUUGGAGUGGGUCCAGGGUGUCUGGGAUUAUGGUGUUGAUGUGAGCCAUGACCAGCCUUUCAAAGCAUUUCUUGGCUAUAGAUGUGAGUGCUACGGGUCGAUAGUCAUUAAGGCAGGUUACCUUGGCGUUCUUGGGCACAGGGACUAUGGUGGUAUGCUUGAAACAAGUUGGUAUUACUGACCGGGUCAGAGAUAGGUUGAAAAUGUCAGUGAAGACACUUGCCAGCAGGUCAGCGCAUGCUGAUAUUCUGUCUGGUUCCGUGGCCUUGUGAUUGUGAAGCGUGGAAAACGAUGGCCUACUGCCUGUUCGCUCUCUGUUUACCUCUCUUUCUCGCUCUCUUGUUCUCUCUCUGUCGCUCUCAUUCUCUUGCUCCUUACAAAUCUGUUCAUGUAUGUGUCCUACAGAGAGCAAGGUGAUGAGAGAGAUAAGAGAGUUAAGUGGGUUCUCAAUAGGUGUUUGUGUUCCAGUUGCUAACUGUUGCAUAUAAAGGCACUAAAUUGUUUUAGUCUGUGCGUGUGUAUCCAUUUUGAUUUGGCUAGGGAUGUAUUUAAUAGGCACCAAACAGAAGAAAACAGACUUAAACAGCGAGUGUGCCCUAAUGAAUAUGACUCAGGUGUUUGAACAUUAACUGUUUCUCUAACGUUUCCCUUUUUCUCCUCUACAGGUUGACUCUGGGCAAGCCGCUGGGCGAGGGCUGCUUUGGCCAGGUGGUGAUGGCUGAAGCGCUAGGCAUCGAUAAGGACAAGCCCAAGGAGGCCAUCACAGUGGCCGUGAAGAUGCUGAAAGGUACAUGUGAGUGUGUCCCUCAGUUUGUAUGUGUGUGAUUGUCCCUCCCACAGUAGCCUGCGGGAUCUCACUAUCUCAGGAUUGCCACAGUGUAACCCUAGCCCUGAGACAUACUGCCCUGCUAGCUGUAAGCCCCGGGCUGGGCCACCGCCACCAGCUCUGGGUUGGGGUGUAUGUUGUGGCUGGGGUGUGUACGUGGGUGUGUUUACUUAUGUAUGUCUUAUAUACACUACAUACACUGGCUAUAUGUGCAUACGUGUGUGUACCUGUAUGUAGGGGUUGUCGAGGUCCUUAUUCCUUGUUGCUGAUUGACAGCUGUAGGGGCGGGGUCAUGGGGCGGGGUCACAUACCUGACCCCCACAGCACCAGCUGCCCAGGCCUUACUUGGCACCCACACAAAGAACGCGUAGUCACAAGGAGGGAAGGAUAGAAGGACCACUCUAUUAAAAAAGGAGGAGAGAAUAGCCCUGACAAUGGAGGUAAUGGUGCUGACAAUGGAAUGAAUCCUAUGCCAUUGUGUCUGACUGACUGGUCGCCUCAAUCAGACCCAUGAAAACAGAGACUCGUGCUGCUGGAGAUAAUAACAUCAGAUUGACCGAAUGUCUUUUAAUUCCCUGGCUGCUGAAAGAAUAGAGGCCUAUGUUUGGUCUGUUUGGUGGUCAUACUGCUAUAAUGUAAUCUAGACCACCACUGUCAGUGAAGCAUGCUUAAUAACAGCACAGAUUAAGCUUGUCUGCUUGGACUGUAGGACAGACGGGUUAGGGGGUCCUGGGUUAUGGGGAAAGAGGAGCGGGUAGUGUGUAGGCACUUGUCUGUUAUGCAUGAAUACGUUUGUGUGUGUGUGUGAUUUUUUUAUGUGUGUCUGUUUUGUCCUCUACUGUAUAUUGACGCCUUGUUCCUCCCUCCUCCUGCCCCCCUCCAGACGAUGCUACAGAGAAAGACCUGUCUGAUCUGGUGUCAGAGAUGGAGAUGAUGAAGAUGAUUGGGAAACACAAGAACAUCAUCAACCUACUAGGGGCCUGUACACAACAAGGUGAGUACGAAGGGCUGUACCUUAAAGAGACAAUCCACCCAAAACCACAAUUUCCUAUCAUUAACAGUGUGAAAACAAUAUUUUUUGUGAACAAAUCUUUCAUUUUGUCGUUAUAACAAGGUUGUUAGCAAAAUGUGAAAAUCAUUGUGGAAAUCUGUUCCAGCUCAAGUCGACUACAAAACCCGCAAUGCAAUGCUCUCUCUGGGCCGGCUGGCUAGCUAGCUAGCUAGCUAGCAAAUGUAGCUACACACAAUAAUACCAAAGUAAAUGUCAGCAUUUGAAGUAGCUAGCUAGCUGUAAAAUCGCCUAAACAAACUGCACUAUCAAUUUACCCUUACAAAAAUGUACCAUGGUACUACUAUGGUACUUUCAUUCAUACCAUGGUACUACUAUGAUACUUCCACUUAUACCAUGGUAUAGUCUGAAUCAUGGAAAUGUACCAUGGUUAUAGCUUUGAAGUAUGAUGGUACUACCAUGGUACUGCCAUUGUAGCUAAAUAUUACGAUGGUAUGAAUCUGAAUCAUGGAAAUGUACCAUGGUUUUAGAUUUGAAGUAUGAUGGUACUGCCAUGCACAUAAAUAAUACCAUGGUAUUGCAUCAUUUAUACCAUGGUAGAUGUGGAUCAUGGAAAUACCAUGGUUUUAACCUGCAUUAUACAUUCAACCAUGGUAACGCACAAUUAUGAUAAAUGGUACCAAUAAUUAUCAUAUGGUACCAUAUUUAUUAAUUGUGCGUUACCAUAGCACAAUGGCGGUAUAAUGCAUUAAAUAAAUAAACCCCCCAAGGUCAAAAGAGUUUGGUUGGUAUUAUAUUGAUUUAUUUAUAUACCAGUAAGGCAAGUUUCUGAUAAAGUCAGAGGCAGGCUACUAUUGUUGGUCCUAGUUUGUCUAUAACAUAAAAGUGAAAUAGUUACUGUGAAAAGGGGUAGUACUUUCUGUAUUAAUAGUACUGUUUUUUGCUCAUGUUUGGGUUCCCUGUGUUACCAACCUGAAAUGUGGAAUAAUGUAAGAUAUAUGGUAGCCUAAUGUUUGGCAUUUUGUAAUCAUUUACAGUAUUUAUAGGCAAGAGGUGUUGCGCUUGUUUCGGCCCGCAGAGGGAGCCGCUCGCUCUAGUGGUUGCUUCACACGCUCUCACUCUCGCACUAACCUGCCUAGUCAGUGAGUCAAUUGAAUGAGAGAGCCAACUGAAGAGAGAAGCACCAUAUAAACUAAAUAUUGUAAACGUUAUCAUUACGGUUAGCGUGUUAUAAAGCAUAGGAUAUGAAACACCAAGUUAAGAGUGUGUAAUUAAGCGAGUGUAAUGACAUAAUAAUUGUUAUUUAUUUAUGAUGUUUUGAUAGUUUAAUUAAUUUAUAAAAGACCAUUAGCAUAGAAGGUAAUGUCGACUAAAGUUAGCUCCAGUCAAGCUAGCCUGUCGUAGUCAUGGCGACAGCAUCAACAAACGUGUAAACAAAGGGAAACAUUGUAACUUACUGUUUUUAGGGAUAUGUUGAGAAUUACAUGAUGAAAAUGUAUCUGUGCGAUAAGAUGAUAAUUAAUACAUUUUUUAAAUAUGUUGGCUAUUUAGAAUUGUAUAAGAAAAGUCAAGUCAGUUGAAUGGAGAGCCAACUUAAAACUGUAUUGAAAAGAGAAGCACCAGAUAAACUAACUAUUAAAAAAAUGUAAGGUUUCAGACCCUUCAUUCUUCUCACCAUACCUUAUCCAGGUCCCAAUGUUUAAGAGGGUACACUACACUACCAGCGGCAGGUAGCUUAGUGGUUAAGAGUGUUGUGCCAGUAAACGAAAGGUCGCUGGUUCUAAUCCCCGAGCCGACUAGGUGAGAAAUCUGUCAAUGUGCCCUUGAGCAAGGCACUUAACCCUAAUUGCUCCUGUAAGUCGCUCUGGAUAAGAGCGUCUGCUACAUAAAAAUAAAGAAUUGUGUUGUGGUUUUUCACUAUGAGCUAAAGGGGUUUAAGAGGGUACUAGGCCUACUCUGUGAGUGAGUAGUCAAUGUUGCAUUUGAAUGUUUCUGAUCACUUAACCCGAAAAACAGUGGGACACAGUACAUUGUAAACAACUACCAUGUUUUCAUGUUUCACUACAUGCUGCUAUUACAAAACCAUGGUAUUAUUUUCAUUGUACUACCAUGGGUCAUUUUUGUACUAUGGUAGCUAGUACAAUGAAAAGUAUAUACCGUAUUUUCCGCACUAUAAGGCGCACCGGAGUAUAAGCCGCAGCAGCUAAAUUGAAUGAUAUUGAAUGAUGUGUACAUAUAUAAGCCGCACUGGACUAUAAGCCGCAGUUGUUUUAAUGUUUAAUUACCAUAUGUAAGGGUUCGUGCACAGAGGGGAUUGUCGGGAAAGAGAUGGCUGCUUGAGGAAGCUCCCAUUUAUUAACAUUUCAACAAACAAGUUGCAUAUUUGCAUAACGUAUUCAAGUGUUACCAUUUAGUGCAAUAGUAGCUACAGAACAUAUACUGUGCUGUGUAAACUGUACUGUAUCACAUAGCGUUUCAGACACACAAACUUUUCAACUUUCAAACUUAAACGGUGCGCUCCCAGCGCACAUACCGGCAGUGAUCUACAGCAGUGGUUUUCAACCAGUGGUCCUUGAGGGAGUGCUAGGGGUUCCCCAGCAAAAUUAGUUAAUAGCGUCACAAUCAUUUAACCCCUUAACUUUGGUUAUUUUUGAAAAACCUUGAAAAAGUGUGCACAUCUUUGAAUAUUUAUCUACAUUAUAGCCUACAGUAGUACCAUAACAAAAAACAAAGCUUACAGCGCUUGACGAGGCAAUAUCAAUGGCUAAAUUAAAUGUGUUUUUUUGAAAGUGCAAAAUAAAGUGCCUGUAACACGACAGUAAGCGCGUAAGCCUAAAGUUGCAGCAACACGGCUGCUUAAAAUAUACGGUAAUCAGCCUACCAGAAAAGUCAUUAAUCAUCAUCUUCAUCUUUUAGGCAAAGGUGCAGUACACGGCUGUAACCAGAAAAGUCAAGUCAUUAAUCCUCAUCUCCGUCUUCUUCCUGCGUACUAAAACCACCAAAGUCCUCAUCUUCAGUGUCGGAAACGAACAGGCUCAGGGUGGCUUCGUCAGCCACUCUCCUCUCUCCUUCGUUGUCGCUCUCAAAACCAACGAACUCCUCUUCGUCACUGUCGGAAUCGAACAGCCUCUGAAGGGCCUCAGCUGUGGCGGCGUCCUCCUCUUCAUCACGCAGCAGUCCAGCCUUUCGGAACCCGUUAAUGAUCGUGGAUGUUUUGACAGCCAGAUUGACUGGUCUUUAACUUAAAAGCUGCAUCAUAUGCAUUUCUACGUUUGUUUUCCAUAAUGAGGGUUUGUGCAUGAAAACUUCCUUUGCACAAACUGUCUCGCUCUCGUAAUGUCUGUCUGUCUGUCUUGCUCUCGUUCUGUCUCUCGUUCUGUCUCUCGUACCACUCUCGGUUCCACUUUUACUUUUGCGCGCUACCUGUCUCACUCUUUUCCGGCCUCCAGCUUUUCCUGCUGGAGCCCGCCGCUUAAAGGUGGGGGGCGCGGACCGGUCAUAGAGCCCAUAGAGUUAAAGUUGGUGGACUGUAACCUGUAAAAUCCAUAGAUUUAGGAGGUCUUCUAGUGGCCGUUAGCUGUAAAAAUCCAUAGAUUAGCCGCACCGUUAUAUAAGCCGCAGGGUCGAAAAAUGGGAAAAAAGGCGCGGCUUAUAGUCCGAAAAUUACGGUAAUGUUUUUGUGGUCACUAACAUGGCAGGAAAAUACAAUGGUAUUGGUGCAAAUACCAUGAUCUUUUUUUUCUUCAUUGUACUACCAUGGUACAUUUUUGUAAGGGUAGGAGUCUAUCUAACCGAGUUCAACUUACAGUUUGUCUCUGCCCCAGAGUGAGUGCAGAGUAUGUUGCUAUGUCAACAACGGCCCUUUCCCGCAUUUCCCACAAUCACACAGGGUCGUUGCAAGAUGGAACUUGAAGGAGAAACUGAGUUGAAUAAUUUGGUACACUGUUUAGAUUGAGCACAUCUAAGCAAAAUAUAUACUUUGUCAUGACAAUAUAAACAGAUGGAUGUGUUCUAGACAAGUAUGCCCAUACCAUCUAUUGGCUGAUUUGGCUAUCUGGAAUGCAGAUAAUUGUUUUUAAAGUAUUAUGAAAUGUGAUAGUGUGUUAUCCCUAUCUCCACAGAUGAGAACCAUGUAGCUAUGACGCGUUCCUACACGAUUUCCUGAUUUCACAGACGGACCACUUAGAAGUUAAAUAAUGGGGGAAAUUUUUAUUUUACCCACUGAUAGAACAUAGGCUUUCACCAAAUCAUGAUUGUCCCUUUAAAGGACUGGUUCACUUUUUGUAUGUAUAGUUGAAGUCGGAAGUUUACAUACACCUUAGCCAAAUACAUUUAAACUCAGUUCUUCACAAUUCCUGACAUUUAAUCCUAGUAAAAAUUCCCUGUCUUAGGUCAGUUAGGAUCACCACUUUAUUUUAAGAAUGUGAAAUGUCAGAGUAAUAGUAGAGAGAAUGAUUUAUUUCGGGUUUUAUUUCUUUCAUCACAUUCCCAGUGUGUCAGAAGUUUACAUACACUCAAUUAGUAUUUGGUAGCAUAGCCUUUAAAUUGUUUAACUUGGGUCAAACGUUUCGGGUAGCCUUCCACAUGCUUCCCACAAUAAAUUGGGUGAAUUUUGGCCCAUUCCUCCUGACAGAGCUGGUGUAACUGAAGUCUUGGCUGAUUUAUUUUCAUUUUCCCAUGAUGUCAAGCAAAGAGGCAUUGAGUUUGAACGUAGGCCUUGAAAUACAUCCACAGGUACACCUCCAAUUGACUCAAAUUAUGUCAAUUAGCCUAUCAGAAGCUUCUAAAGCCAUUACAUCAUUUUCUGGAAUUUUCCAAGCUGUUUAAAGGCACAGUCAACUUAGUGUAUGUAAACUUCUGACCCACUGGAAUUGCGAUACAGUGAAUUAUAAGUGAAAUAAUCUGUCUGUAAACAAUUGUUGGAAAAAUUACUUGUGUCAUGCACAAAGUAGAUGACCUAACCAACUUGCCAAAACUAUAGUUUGUUAACAAGAAAUGUGUGGAGUAGUUGAAAAACAAGUUUUAAUGACUCCAACCUAAGUGUAUGUAAACUUCCGACUUCAACUGUAAAUGGCAUGUUAUAGGAAGUUCCAGACUUUUUUGGGGCCGAUUUCACUUAGUUUUGAAAAACGUACCCCACCCGCAAUAGACUUCCUAAUUUCUCGUUCUGCGGUUUCUCGUUAAUUGUAUCCCCACAAUUGGAACGAGAAAGCACGUGCAUGCAUAACAUUUGGAAUUACACAGUUUCAUGUGUACAACAUCGAAAGACCUGUAUCACUAUACUGAGAGCUUUGCCGUUUCUAAAAGGAUGUAUUUGGGUGUUUUUGGAGCCUUUGUUCAUGUUUAUCAAUGGACCCCAUACUGCAGAACGAACAAUGAGGAAGUGAACUACUCCUUUAACGGUCCAAUGCAGCUGUUUUUAUCUCAAUAUCAAAUCAUUUGGUGGCCAUGAAUAAACAUGAACAAGGCUCCCAAAACACCCAUAUAUGUCCUUUGGUUCCAUUGUGGUGAAACGAUUAACGAGAAAGCACGCACAUACUCGCACACAAAAAUGUAUUGCUAGAGUAGAGUUCCUAAGCUCUCUCACACACAUCUACUAUGAAUAUGGUGUUGAACAACAGAACUGAAUUUAAAGGAGUAUUUUAUCCACACAAAAAAAACUUUUCCCCUCCCCAUAUAUUUGUCAUUAGUCCAUGUUUGCCACUGUCACCCACAAAUGGUUUAAGUCAACAUUCAAUCCUGAUGCACAAAAUCCCUGCUAGACUCGGUUCCUUCUCUCUUCCCCAAUUUGGAAAGCAGUAAUCAGUCAGUGUGGUUGAGUCCUAAAUAUCUCUCUCUCUCACUCUUUCUCUGUGUGUGUGUGACAGGCCCUCUGUACGUGAUAGUGGAGUAUGCCUCUAAAGGGAACCUGAGGGAGUACCUACGCACUCGCAGGCCCCCUGGCAUGGAGUACUCCUACGAUAUUAACCGCUGCUCAGACGAACAGCUCGCCUUCAAGGAUCUGGUCUCCUGUACCUACCAGGUGGCACGGGGCAUGGAAUAUCUGGCCUCACAGAAGGUGCACACGCGCACACACACACACAACCAUGUUCAUUCUCACCAUUCUGCUAGGUAGACAGACUUCCGUGACAUUGCACUGGGCCUUUGUGAUAGGGCUUUAACCAGGGUGGUUGUGUAAAAAAGUGUGUGUUUAUCAUUGUGGGAAUAUUGUCUCCUAAAAACACAUCUCUAGCCCACUGUCCAAAUCCCAGCAUUGUCUCUCUCGAUCACACAAAGCCUCUCUGUGCAGACAACUGAAGAAUAUAAUUUUCACAACGGGGAAUGGGCACGUUAGCCAAACACUCCAUCACGCUCCCUCUCACCAGAGGAAUCUGACAGAGGCGAAAGCAUACAAUCACACAGUACGCUAAGAGACACACACACGCAUACACACACACACACACUCUGGCACGCAGUCCUGCACAGAGACACACAUGCACAGACACACAUGCACACCUAGGCACACAAACAACUUCUACCAUGUAUAACAAAGGGUCAGAAAUCAUUUUCAGAUUCAGGCUUGUUUCUCAUGCAUGUGCAAUGUCGUCAUGGUAUAUUAGGUAGCGUGUGUUACUUUAGUUAAAUGUGUGUUUUUGGGUCAUUACAGUUAUCAGUAUAAAAGCAUUUAUUAGCAUAGCUUGUAUCUAUUUUUGUAUUUUGAAUGUGUCUUUAUUUGCACAGUAUGUAUCAUGUUCUCUUCUCCUUUUCCCAAUCUUUCUAAUGGUUUUCUUCUCUUUUUCCCCUCUUUUCUGUUUUUCUCUCCUUUUUCCAUAUAUUUUUCUCUCCUUCUCUCCAUCCACCCCUGCCCUUUCACAAUUACCACUGUCUUCUUCUUCACAUUUUUUCUAUUUUUCUCCCCUUCUUCUCCUAUUGUAUCUCCUUCUCUCCAUCCAGUGUAUACAUAGAGAUCUAGCAGCGAGGAACGUCCUGGUCACAGAGAGCAACUUCAUGAAGAUUGCAGACUUUGGCCUGGCCAGGGAUGUCCACAACAUUGAUUACUAUAAAAAGACAACUAACGUGAGUACUUGGGGGGGGGGGCACAUGUUAUGCUGUGUGUUAGUUAGUGUUCUGUGGUGUUGUGAGGGGGUGUAUGUGACAGAGUUUCGGGUCAAUUCUAGUUAA